AUGUCAUCUGACGAAGGAAAGCUAUUCAUUGGAGGGCUCAGCUUUGAUACCAACGAGCAGAGUCUGGAACAAGUGUUCUGCAAAUAUGGACAAGUUUCUGAGGUGGUUGUGGUGAAAGAUCGGGAGACCAAGCGAUCACGUGGCUUUGGAUUUGUCACAUUUGAGAAUCCAGAAGAUGCGAAAGAUGCUAUGCAGGCGAUGAAUGGAAUGUCCGUGGAUGGACGUCAGAUUCGAGUUGAUCAGGCUGGAAAGUCCCCCAGCGACAGGAGAGGAGGCUACAGAGGUGGCUCAUCUGGAGGAAGAGGGUUCUUCCGUGGAGGCCGAGGCCGUGGUGGUGGUGGUGACCGUGGUUAUGGAAGCAGCCGGUUUGACAACAGGAGUGGUGGCUAUGGUGGCGGAUCCCGGGAUUAUUAUGGCAGUGGCAGGAGUCAAGGAGGUUAUGGUGAUCGCUCAGGAAGCUCUUACAGAGACAGCUAUGACAGCUAUGGUAAGUCAAGGCAGAGGGGUGUGAUGUGA